GUGGUCAAGGGUUGUAAAACUUAAAAUUAAAACACUAUUCCUUGACUCUUUGCUCAAAAUUUGUUAGCAAUAAUAAAAACACACAAACUGUUUCAAGAUCUCCAAGUUUAGUUUGAAAAGAAGUACCAAAGGUUACUGUCCUAAAAAAUUAUUUCGUUUGCAGUUCUAAAGUGCAUCAGCAUUGUUUUCCAAAAAAAAUAAAUGUAAAUGAGUUUAAAAAUUGAAAUUUCAAUCUUUAAGUUUUGCAAGCCAUGCCGAUAGACAAACUCCGAGCGAUGCCAGUGGACAAGAUCCUGAGUUUUCGCAGGAAUCCCGAUCCGCAGCAGCAACAAAGACAGCAAACGGAUGAGAUGGAGGAAAUUCCCAGGUUCUUGCCAGCACAACUUCUCAAUGACGAUGAAAAGGCCAAGGAUGCGGAUCGCAGAAUGCUGGAUAGCGAUUCUAUAAGCACGGAGGAUGCCGAUAGGCUGCCUCCUCCCAGGAGAUCUCCGGUCUCGAUGAUGAAUCUCCAGAGGGAGUUGUACUCGCCCAAUCAGUGUUUGAGUGCCCUUAAAUCUAUUGCGGCUGUAAUUACCAUUUGCAUGGUAUUCGCCAUAAUUCCCUUGUAUCGCCGCCAAAAAAUGGAAAAGGAUGCCGGUCUGAAGAUGAUCCUUCUGUGGAACGAUCAUCCAUUGGCAGGUCAAUCCGCGCAUAUGGAGUGUGGCUGCCUGGUCACCAAUCGCAGAAAUCAUAACGACAAACCCUUCGAUGCAGUGGUCUUCAAUGCGGAUUUCCCCUACUCCUUUGAGGGUUUGAAUAGCACCAAACGUUCUCCUGACUUCUACUUAGUUUAUGCUGCUAAAAAACCACUGAGCUCUUUGUCGGGUCUUAGGGAUCCCCCCUUUAAUUUAACCAUGACCUACCGCACGGAUUCCCAGUUGAUUUGGACCGACUACUAUUUCUCUUAUUCGAAUCUGGCAAGGCGACUGAAAUCGUUCCGUACUCCCAGCAAGAAUUUUGCCGAUGAUAUGUCAAGUGCAAUGAUCCAAAGUUUUGAGAACAAAAUGAAGAAGAAAACUCGACUGGCUGUUUAUUUGAUAUACGAAGUGAAUCAGAAUACUCUUGCGCAGAGCCUUUAUUUGGAGGAGCUGCGAAAGUAUGCGGAUUUUGAUGCACAUGGAAGUUGUCUGGGUUCCCAUGAUUGCAGUUACUACCACUUCAUGCUGAUCUUUGAGCCGACUGCCUGUCCGGAUUAUCUGCCACCCGAGAUGUACAUGGCCAUGGACAAACUUUUGGUGCCUGUUCUGAUCGGUGGAGGAAAUCUCACCAACUUGGUGCCACACCACUCGUUUAUCAGUAGCCGGGACUUUUCCACCCCAAGGGAACUGGUUGCUCACCUAAAGGAUCUGGCAAAUGAUCCAGAGGAGUACAGGCGCUAUUUCUGGUGGCACUCCCUCUACAAGCUGCGCCAAAGUGCCCAACCCUACUGCGCCCUUUGCUCCCUCAUCCAGCAGAAUCCCGAGGAGCGCCAGAUUGGUCAGGGAUCCUCCAAGCUGGCCUUCAUCGACUGGUGGACCGAAUACCACUGCCCCAAUCGAUCGACCACCUUCCUUUGAGUCCCCGAGAGAUCCCCAAUUAUAAUUACCAACGAUCGCAAAUUGCCCUCGUUCGGUGUGGUUCCAUUUA